GCCAGGCUGGAGCGUGCCAAGGCGAAGGCGCCACCUCUGGCGCUCAAUCGGCCGCCGGCCCGCCUCCCCUCGGCUCUCUCCUCCCCAGAGAGGCGGCCAGGCUCCCCUCGAAGGGCGGCUCAGAUCGAGCCCAGCCAGCCGGCCGAGCAAGUGCCAUGCAAAGCCGCGGCGGCAGGCAGGCCUGUGGCAGCCUGUGCCCCAACAGGGUGCAGGAUCUGGCCGAGCGGCUGGGCAAAAAGCCGGGCAGUAAAGCAGAGAGAAAGGUGCCACGGAAUAUCAACCUCAGAUGCAACCCAAUAGCCAUUUAUAACGACCCACCUCCGGAUUCUGUAGAUCUAGCGUUGUCGACCAUCGAUUGGCAAGACUUAGCCGACUGCACGGGCGUCUUUCAGCAGGAAGUUUCUAGAGGCGCUGCAACAACCCAGCAGAGCCCGUGCUUGCAACCCGAGCCCGAGUUUGAUUUCCAGGAGUUUCGCGAUGCCGUGGAUAACUUCAUAUCCGGCAAAUGUUUUGUUUGCUGUUCGUCUAAACUUCAAAGUCACCAUUCAUUGUGCCAGAAGCACCUUGUGUUUGACCUGUGCAUGUCAAAUAAGGAGUCAAUCAGCUGUAUCACUUGUUUCUUAUUGGUCUCCCUAGAUCCAUCCUCUCUGAUGCCACCUCUGCUGGACUGCGCUGAUUUCUCUUUCCCUGUGGAUGAUGGAAGAUCCUUCAGCCCUUGCUUUCGUCAGUCUGCAGAGGACGAUUCUGCCUCUCAGAUGAAUGCAGAAAACAUCUCUUCCACUGAGCAGUACUGGAAAGACUUAGCAAAUCAGAACCAGAAAGCUCUAGGGGAUGCACUUGUGGAAAACAACCAGCUCCAAGUGACAUUGUCUCAAAAGCAGGAGGAAAUUGCCUCCCUGAAGGAAAGAAAUAUCCAACUGAAGGAACUGGCCAGCCAAGCGAAGCAGCUUGCCUCUGUGCUGGAUAAGCUGAUGAUCCCACAGUGCAAAGACAGCGCAGACCUCUCCCUUGCCAAUGGCCCCAACAAGAGGAGCCUCAAGCAGGUGACCAUUGCUGAGCAAGAAGAGGAGGAGAUGGAAGUGAACGAAAUUUUGCGGGAAAUAUCAGACAGAUGCAAUGCAGCCUUGCAGUCUGCUGAUGACAAGAGAAGCCCAAAGCGCCCUCGGGGAGAGAACGAAACAAUCCACAUGUACGGUGCUUUCCAGGGCUUGCAGACAUGCAGCAGCCACAGUUCCCUGGACCUCCGUGGCAGUGAGCUUGAGGAAGGGGUGUCCUUCACGACCGCCAUCAAUGAGCACUGUAACAUUAGGACGCUGGCCUUCCCCCAAGGCAAUGCGUUUCUGGUCAGGACAGCCACUGGGGGUCACAAGUUUAGAUGGGUUCCCAGGUGAUGAAAGAAGGAUGCAAUCAGCCGACUACACUUGCCUCUCUUUCCAGUGACUUCCUGCCAAAGAACUGUGCAUCUUCCUGCGUAGUGCUGCUUCCACCAAGGCAUUUCAGGUGGAGUCUACUGCUGACAGCUGACUGAUGUCAACCAGAGUUGCUAAUAUUUAGCUGGAAGUCCAGACAUCUGUUUUAAAUGGACAAACACAGAGCAUUCUCUGUACACACC